CAUUUGGUGUAAGCGUUGAAAUGAGUGCACGUUUUGCACAAUAAUUGUUGUCAUUAUUGGAUCAUUGAUUGCGUGAUUCAAACCCAUUGUUCACCACAAUUAGAUCCCCAGCGGAACCGAUGAGUGAUCCGUCGCCCACAGACUCCGGUCUCGGUAUUAACGAUCCAAUGAUUGAACACCAAUUGUCUCCAUUGUCUCCCUCGUCGUCCACCGGCGGUCACGCCAUCGCUCACCACAACGACCACACGGACCACAACGAAGACGAUGAGGAGUUUAUGGACGAGACGUUGGGCGAGAGGAUCGUGGGUUUGACCGAAAUGUUUCCGCAACCCGUCAGGAGUUGUGCUGUUUAUGUGACCAAAGGGUCGGUGAAUGGCGUGAAACAGUUGUAUGGAUUCAGUCGAUCGGCUCUUUGGGUUCUCUUCACGUCAGGUGUGGUUCUGUUGGCGCCGUUGGCUCUCGAGAUGGAAAGAUCACAAUUGGAUGAGUUGUCGAAACAACAACAGAGACAGAUCUUAUUGGGUCCGUCGGCGGCCAUCUCUGGCGGCGGUCACGGCUUACCAAUGCCUCCCAUAUCUCCGGCGCCGCGAUAAGCCAUUUAUUAGUUUACAAUUCAAUUACCGAUUUCUAGUUCUACUGAUUUAUUAGUCUUUUUUCAUUUAAUAUAUUGAUUAUAAUUAUAAUUGUUUUUUCAACAAAUAUCACAUAAAAUGAGCAAAAUUUUAAUAAAAAAGUGUCAUUAGUUUUUAAUUAAACUCUAA